AUGGUACACGAAUACCAAAAGAUCGAACUCGGGGAAACAGGCAAUGAGAAUGAUCCAAUUCUUGCGCCUCGGAAGCGAAGUAAACUUGGUUAUGUGACUAUCCUCAUUAUAAUCAAAGAUGUUAUCUUGGUUGUCCUCGCCCUAGCCGCUGCUAUUGCAGUAUACAUGCAAUCGCGACCUACUUCAACGGGGACCAGAUGUGACUGCGGCUCCAGCACGGCUGAGGCACGCACAAUGGGCUGUAAAUACGAUACUAUUGCCGCCGCAUGGUUGCCUCCGCAAUGCAUCGACAGUGAAUUAGUUGCCGAGUUUGAAAAGAUGGGAGAUGGAGAGAACGGCACUUGGCAGUAUUGGGUGGAUGCAGAGCAUUCGCGACUGUUGAGUAUAGACGAAGUCGGUGCAUUGGCAGAUAACAACGGCUUCUUUUGGACUACGACCCGGUGGCAUUUCAUGCACUGCUUUUACUACUGGAGAAAACAACAACGAGCACGGUUUACGGGGGUAUUGAUCGAGCCGAGAUACGACAAUGAGCGCCACGUGAAGCACUGUGGACAAAUAUUUGAAGAUCCAGGUCCCAUUGCAUACUCGUACGUGGAGCUCAAGAGCAGCAGGCUUGAGGAGCCGGAAUUUCUGAAGCACAAGGAUCACAACGACCAUAAAGUAUGA